UGCUCCAUGAGUUCUGCACUAGCUAGUGAGUGUUAGACACACUCUAGCUAGGAAGAAGCUUAAUUACUUACCCGUCUCUGCUAACCACCAAGCUCGAGCCAACACAGAACAGUACGUAACCCGGCCGAUCGAUCGAUCGCCAUGGCCUCCCACGGCGGUUUCCUCGAGAAGGCCAAGCCCUACUUCGCCAUGAUCUGCCUGCAGUUCGGCUACGCCGGCAUGAACGUCAUCACCAAGGUCUCCCUCAACCACGGCAUGAGCCACUACGUGCUCGUCGUCUACCGCCACGCCUUCGCCACCAUCUCCAUCGCCCCCUUCGCCCUGCUCCUCGAGAGGAAGGUGAGGCCCAAGAUGACGUGGUCGGUCUUCCUCCAGAUCUUCGUCCUGGCACUGCUCGGGCCUGUGAUCGAUCAGAACUUUUACUACGCCGGUCUCAAGUUCACCGGCCCGACCUUCGCAUGCGCCAUGAGCAACAUCCUUCCCGCCAUGACCUUCGUGAUGGCCGUGAUCUUCAGGAUGGAGAAGGUUGACCUGAAGAAGGUGAGGUGCCAGGCGAAGGUGGCCGGGACGCUGGUGACGGUGGCCGGCGCGAUGAUGAUGACGCUGUACAAGGGCCCACUGAUGCAGAUGGCGUGGACGAGCCACGCGCAGCCGCACGGCCACGGCGCGGAGGCCCCCGUCGCCGCCGCCAUCGACCCGUCGGGCAGGGAGUGGUUCCUGGGCUCGCUCUUCGUCAUCAUCGCCACGCUCGCCUGGGCCUCGCUCUUCAUCCUGCAGGCGCACACGCUCAAGCAGUACUCCGCGCCGCUCUCCCUCACCACGCUCAUCUGCUUCGUCGGCACCCUCCAGGCCAUCGUCGUCACCUUCGCCAUGGAGCACCGCCCCUCCGUCUGGACCAUCGGCUUCGACAUGAACCUCCUCGCCGCCGCUUACGCCGGCAUCGUGACGUCGAGCAUCGCAUACUACGUGCAAGGCCUGGUGAUCCAGAAGACCGGCCCGGUGUUCGCGUCGGCGUUCAGUCCACUCAUGAUGAUCAUCGUGGCCGGCAUGGGCUCCUUCAUCCUCGCCGAGAAGAUAUACCUCGGCGGCGUCCUCGGCGCCGUCCUGAUCGUGAUCGGGCUCUACUCCGUGCUCUGGGGCAAGCACAAGGAGACCCAGGAGCAGGAGGCGGCCAUGAUGGAGCUUCCAGUGGCGUCCAAGGGAAACGACGCCGAGUUCAUCGCCACUGCUGGAGACGACGACGACGACGCAUCUGACUCCGACUGCAAGAAAGCAAAUGGAGCGAAGUCGUCAUCCUCCAACGAACACGGAGCUAGUGCAGUUUGACGCUGGCUGCAGCAAGCAUCCAAGCACAGUGAUUCCAAGUGUUUCGCUGCAUCAGUCGGUCGGGGAGAGGUUUUGUCCAAGUGCUAAUUAACUGUCCUCUCAUGCGGAGGCGUGCGUACGUGUGUGAUGGAAACGUGUUCGUGUUACUGACGUUGCAUGCAUUAUUAUUACUAGUGCCCGGUGAUUAUUGAGAA